UGUUAAUAAACAUAAUCCAAUCCCUCCCCACUUAUUUGUUGUGUUGUGUUGUGUUCUGUCUUUUCCUCUAUCACUUCACUUCCCAAGUUCCAACGUCACUAAAGCUUACUGCUUGCUCUCUAGUCUCUACCAUGAAGCCACCACCACCAUCCCUCAACUCACUACCACUCUUCCUCUUCCUCCUCCUCUCCGCCGUCAUCUCCGCCGCUACCACCACCACAAAUGCCACCUCUAAACUUCCCCCUGCUCCUUCCCCCACAACUGAAACUCCCUCUUCUUCUUCCUCCUCCUCUUCUACUCUAGACCCUAAACAAAUUGAAGCACUUGAAUCCCUCAACAUUCCCACCGCAAGAGACCCUUGCAUCCAACCUUCCCCUCACAACGCCACCGUUUGUGACAGCUCUAAGCCCUUUCGCCACCUCGUUUCCCUCCACCUUUCCAACUGCUCCUCUGACCUUUCCCUCUCUUUCACAGCUCUCAAGUCCCUCUCUUCCGUCCAUUCUCUUUCCUUCACGAACUGCCACACAUCCUCUAUUCGCUUCCCUUAUGAUCUUUCCCUUUCCCUCACUUCCUUCACCUGCAUUCGCUCCCUCCGCCGCCUCACCGGAGUCUGGCUCUCACGUUUCGUUAACUUAACCGAUCUCACAGUUUCCUUCACUCCGGUUAACGCUAGCGGCCUUUAUGUAAUCCUUGGGAACAUGCAUAAGCUGAAAACAAUAACCAUUUCUCAUGCUAAUCUCACCGGUUCUCUUCCAAGGCACUUGCAUCUGAACCUGACCCAUGUUGAUUUAUCUGAUAACAAGCUCAAAGGAAACAUACCAACUUCCCUUACACUUCUUGAAGAUCUUGAAUACUUGAAUCUUUCAUCAAAUGGGUUAAAUGGGGAGAUUCCCACUGAGUUUGGUGACUUGAUAUCGUUAAGAAACCUAUCUUUAGCUUCCAAUUCAUUUUCUGGUUCAAUCCCAGAGUCGAUUUCUGCUAUUCCAGGCUUGGUUCAUGUUGAUCUGAGUAAUAACCAGUUAAAUGGCACUGUCCCAAGGUUUUUCUCACAGUUGAAAGGCUUGAAAGUCUUGAACCUCGAGAACAAUGAACUUCAUGGGGUUUUACCAUUCAAUGCUAGUUUCAUAAAGAAAUUGGCUGUUUUCAAGGUUGGUGGGAAUAGCAAUUUGUGUUACAACCAUUCUGUUUUGUCAUCAAAAAUGAAGCUUGGGAUUGCUCGUUGUGAUAAGCAUGGAUUGCCUAUGUCACCUCCUCCUUCUAAGGAGUCUUCUGGUGAUAGUGACUUGUCAGAUUAUGAAGAUGAUAGUGCAGACGAUACAAGUGAAAACAAGGAGCAUCAUCACGGGCCAAAUAAGGUUGUUCUUGGUGUUGCAAUUGGACUUUCUUCCAUAGUUUUCCUUAUUGUUUUCUUAGUUCUUCUCUCAAAAUGGUGUGGUUGAACAAAACAGUAGUUUCGAUCAUUGGUUAGAUUUUUCAUAGUUUGCCAUUUAUUUAUUACUGAUAUUUGAUACACUUGAUUUGUGAUAAACGAGGGGGGGAAAGUAGCUAUAGGAGGCAGAGGAAUCAUUGAACUGGUAUGGUAUUCUUUUUUGCUGAUAUUUUUGGCCAUUAGCAGUGGUUUCCAUUUUUUUACGAGGUUGUGGUCAAUGAAAGGUGUCUAAGGAGUUGCUAAUGAAAUGUGUCAAUGUUAGUCUUUUAAAAUAUGUAUUCUUCAACUUCAAGCA